AUGGGGUUAAAAUCGGCGGCUUUUGGUGGAGAUAGAUUGGAGAAGUUGAGGAAUAGUGGAAUGGUAUCAAGGUCAAGAAUGAAGCUGUGGAUGAUAAGGGCUACGACGUCAGUUUUGCUAUGGACUUGCUUGGUUCAGUUGACAGCACUGGGUGAGACUUGGGGGCCUAGAGUGUUAAAGGGAUGGCCCUCUUGUUUUUCUCAAGAAUCUGCCACCGCGGGUGGGGGCGGCGGAGUGGCUGCUGCCUUGGAUGUUAAAUCCUCGCCUGAGCUUCCGGCUAGAGUUUUACCCCAAAAGAGAGUUUACAAGAACAAUGGUUAUCUGAUGGUUUCGUGCAAUGGAGGGCUCAACCAAAUGCGGGCAGCGAUAUGUGACAUGGUUGCAAUUGCUAGACAUUUGAACGUUACAUUGAUAGUUCCAGAACUGGAUAAGACUUCAUUUUGGAACGAUCCGAGUGAGUUCCAAGACAUAUUUGACGUUGAUCAUUUCAUUACUUCCUUGAGAGACGAAGUGCGGAUAUUAAAGGAGCUACCUCCAAGGGUACAGAGGAGAGUCGAGCUAGGAAUGAUAUACACCAUGCCCCCUAUUAGUUGGUCAGACAUUUCUUACUAUCAGAAUCAGAUUCUUCCCUUAAUUCAGAAGUAUAAAGUUGUACAUUUGAACAGAACCGAUGCUCGGCUUGCCAAUAAUGCUCAACCCAUGGAGAUUCAGAAGCUCCGUUGCCGAGUAAAUUUUAGUGCUUUGAGAUUUACUCCUCAGAUAGAAGAAUUGGGGCUGCAACAAGGAGGAGGCGGAAGAAUUAACAAGAAUGAGAUACGCAUACCCGUGGUGGAAAGAAUUCUAGCAUUAGACAUUGAUCAUAAUAUCCAGGUUUACAUUGCCGCUGGAGAAAUAUAUGGCGGAGAAAGAAGAAUGGCAAGUCUUAGAGCAGCUUAUCCAAAUUUGGUCCGGAAGGAGACUCUAUUGGAGCCUUCAGACCUUAGAUUCUUUCAGAAUUACUCAUCUCAAAUGGCGGCACUCGAUUAUCUUGUUUCAUUGGAGAGCGAUAUCUUUGUUCCUACAUACGAUGGAAAUAUGGCUAAAGUUGUUGACGGCCAUCGCAGAUAUCUUGGAUACAAGAAAACAAUUUUGUUGGACAGAAGGCUCCUAGUUCAUUUGGUAGACCAAUAUAAUUCUGGUUCACUUACUUGGGAUGAGUUCUCUACUGCUGUUAAGGAUGCUCAUGCAGAACGCAUGGGGAACCCAACAAAAAGGGCUGAAGCCGGUCUACCGACGGAGGCCCUUGCAAAGGUUGAUUCCUUCGCUGUCGACACUAGUUCCUUGUGUCUGCAUGCUCCGGCGAAGUCCCUGUGGUGGACGGGGUAA